GAAUUGAGCAUUAAUAUCAUUUACAUCUUCAAUGUCUCCGUAACAUCGAGUGAAUCAUUUACCGUAACCACAAGUUUUCUGGUUUCUCCCGAUGCGUCCAUUUUGCAAGUAUUUCUCAAUACUUUGGUGUUAAUUUCCUAUGUUUUCACAUGUAGAAAAAGUGUUAAUUUUCGGUGUCAUUGAAAUUCUCUCGGGUAGCAAGCUCAAGUUGCGAUUCAGUAUCAGUACAGCGUGAGAGUAGGAAAGCGAAAGAGUGUUGAUCGUUUUGUAAAAGUGCCAGAGGCGGAAAUAGUUUGUCGUGAAAGUGAAUUCGUGUUUUAGCGGUGAUCAUUUGAAUCGCAGAUUUUCAAAGUUGUGCACCCUGUGAUCGCUGAGGUUGCAUCCUUAAACGCAAGCAAGCCUUGCUACGAAACUGGCAACUACUGAUCAUUGUUUGAAUUUUGCGAAUCCCUACCGCCUUCGCCACCGGCCAAACGAAGAAACGUACACCACCGGGACAACACCCCGGCCUGGACCCAUUCGAACAACAUCCGGUUUUCAAUGGGUUGAUACGAGCUGUGCGGAUUCCUCCGGACGACGGGAAAUAAAAUAUAGUUUGUGCAUUCGACGAAGACCGCGGCCCUACAAACGGACUUGAAGGAACACUCUACGCGUGGAACUGGUGCAGAGCGUGUAAUUGCACUGUCGGUCAUUCCGGAUCUGACGACAUCAGGUGUGCUUGCACAACAAGUCUCAACACUGAGACUGAAGUCAUCGAAAGUCGCCCACUCAGAAGUUACAUCACAUUACCGUACGACAACGGUUCCCCUAGCCGGCAUCAUCAUUAAUUUUGCCCCCGACCAUCCACCGUUCAGCUAACGCAUUCCAAUGAGAGUAGUCGACGGGAGUCCUGACUCGUACAAAUUGGCGUCCCCCAAGGUAGCCCAGCAUCUCACUGUCGGCCUGAUCCCACUAGGAUUGGCCGCCCAGUUUUGCUACUUCUACUUUGAAGUCUGCACCAUUCUGCUGCAUCUGUACAACGGCUUGGGCCUGGUGAUUUCCGACCUGAACUAUAGCCAGGCCUAGCUCCCGCCACUGACCGGUACUGAACUGGUCACCCGUCAUAGUACGUCUUAAGUUCGACAUUAGUUCAAAUUGUGAUCCGUCCCUUCAAUUGAAUCUACUACGAGCAAAAAGUGAGCAAUAAUUAAGAAAAAGCUGUGAAGUGAGUGAAGCUAGAGUGUUUGAGAAGAGGAAAGUAGUGUUAAACCAAAUCGAAACAAGUGUCUUCCACUAAGAAUCGUUAGAGCUAGUAGUCUAUACCUUAUUGUGUUCAAAAGUCAUAGUAAAGAUAGGCACCAUGUUGAAAGUAAUUGGAGCAUCGUGGUAUAAAACGCGGAUAAGCACCUACAUCCUGGGAGGUGCUUUCAUGCUGGCGUUCGGGGCAUUCUUCAUCGCCGAUAUGGGCAGACCCAACUACAGUGGCACAUACUGCGCGACCACGUACUGGGCCCGCAAUUCGGGCUUCCGCGUGGAAUUCUGGGGACAACGUAAUGAUCUGGAGGAAGUCCCCCGGGGAGCAGUGCGAGCAUGCUUCAAGCACAGCCUCAUGGAGAGCGGUUGGUCCCAGCUGGAGCUCGAAUCCCAACCUGAGUAUCCGGACAGCAUUCAAGCCUUUGCCGCGGGAAUGCUGGAGGGUGCCCUUACCUGGCACAACAUCCAUCAGCAUUGGGCCAACACCAUCGAAGCGGAAUGCAGCCGGGAUGAUCAGUCGGAGGAAUUUUGCCACUGGCUGCGUCGGGUCAUCAGCACCAAUGUGGAAACGGUGAAGAAGAUGGCCGAUAUGAAGGGCAAAAAUGAUCACUACUGGUAUCAGGUUGGCCUGUUCUUCGAUCAGCUGGAUGGGCUGGAGUUUGGAUUCCGCAAGGGUGUUCGGCGCUCUCGUCAGGAGCACGAGAUUCCCAUGGAAGACUUCCUGUUGAUGAACAGUGCGGUGGACAUUCGUGAUCUCAAAGCGUACUACAUGAAUUUCCUGGAUAGCGAGAGUGGAAUGAGCGUGGAACCGAACAAGGGAAUGAUGCUGCUGAAGUUGGUGGAGAGCAUUAGCGGGAAGGUGAACAUCAUGCUGGGUCACACGAGUGACGGCAGCUACGCUUCCAUGUUGAGGAUGAUGAAGAAGUACACGCUAAAUUAUCAUUUCUCCACUGAAUCGAGCGCUGAGCGAGUAGUCCCAAAUACGAACAUUGUCUUCACCGGAUAUCCAGCAGUUUUGGCUUCACUGGAUGAUUUCUACAUGCUAUCUGGUAAACGUCACCGCAUGGUCGUAGCCGGCAUCAAGAUCGAAAACGAUAACAUGAAUCUCUGGACGAAGAUAGACUUGGUACGAUCGGUUUCCCUGGCACCUAGGGUAAUGGCUGCCAACCGACUGGCUCACAGUGGCCGGGUAUGGUCCAAGUAUUUCGCACGAAGCCCUUCGACUGGAGCAAAGCAGUGGCUAGUGGUCGACUUGAAGCGACUGAAUCGGGGCAUGGAACUGUCAGACGAGUCUGCCGAAGCUGAAGAACUACUAAUGAACCAUGCUGAGUAUGAUGAUCACAUGAAGACAGGUGUGAAGCAAUUGAAUGACUACGCGGAGAUUGACUUCGAAGGAAUUGUGAAGAAGACAACUUCCAUUGGAAAGCUCAGUGAUGGAGGAUUGUUUUGGGUGAUUGAUCAACUACCCGGAAGACUGCAUGCUGAAGACAUGACUCAGCAAAUAAUAAGGGAUGGAUACUGGCUGGGAACUGGUGUGCCAACCUUCAACGAAUUAGCCGAAAUCGGUCAGGUGAAGACCAACGGGACUUACACGCAACAACAUUCCAUUCAGGAGAAAAUCCUCAACAACAUCACUGACUUGGAAGGGCUGGCAAAAUUCAUCCGCCAAAGUGCCUACCGAGGCGAUUUGGAUCAGCAACAUCCGACCGCCUUCGGAAACAUCGAUUUGAAGCUGUUCGUGGAAACCAAUGUCAGCAAUGGGACCAGUAUCUUCCAGGCGUACUCGGGACCUCUGUACGAUCCGAUUACCGAUGGACAGGCUGUGAAGCGUAGCGUUGACGCAACCAAGGGAGAGGGUGAAGUCGAUGCGGUUUCGGCAUCUGGUACCAAGAUUCAACGGGUAAAGCCGUUCGACUGGAGUGCAGCGAAAAAGCUGGAAGCUCCUCACCAGGGACAACCGACGGUGUGGAACUUUGGUCGUCAGUCACCCAAGUGGGCGUGGGCAUAAUGCGAGCUGGAUGAAGAGAGGGAGUGGGGAUGAAAAAUUGUGUGCCUUAAAAAGUUUAUUAGAUGCUUUAAAAUCGGACGUUUUUAUAGGGUAACAAAAUUUUACAAUGCAAGUAAAGUAGUUUGAAAAGAGCAAUCGGAAUGUAACACUUUUACCAGAAUGAAAAAUGAACCGUACCACAACAACUUUU